CUCCUCUCCUCUCCGCUCCUCUGUGAAUGAACAGCCUGUUUAACAUUCCUACCAACGUCAGCAGCUGAAGGUGGAUCACUGCGAGCAGCCUGAGCCUAUAAAUCCCUGCUGCAGCGCGCUGCCUCUUCAAGAUCACGCUGCAGGUUGGAACAGAGGCAGGAAAGAGAGCGGAUUCACGGGUCUGCAGAGGAACAGUGUUAGAGUCUAAUUUUGGGGACAUUGAAUCCCGCCGUGUGACGCACCGGCCCCUAAGCGCGCGCUCGCUCGCAGGUGGAUGCUGAGUUGGAGAUGUUUCCUCUGGUCCAGUUCGGGGUGCUGUCGGCUCUGGCCACCGCGCUCACCUCGCUGCUGUCUGCGCUCCUGCUGCUGGUUCUGACCCGGCAGCUGUGGAGCCUCCGCUGGAGCCUGACCCGGGACAAGGAGAGCAGCCUGCCGCUGCCGAGGGGCUCCAUGGGCUGGCCGCUGGUCGGGGAGACCUUCCACUGGCUCUUCCAGGGCUCUAACUUCCACAUCUCCCGUCGGGAACGUCACGGAAAUGUGUUUAAGACCCACCUCCUCGGGAAGCCUCUUAUCAGAGUGACGGGCGCAGAAAAUAUUCGCAAGAUCCUGCUCGGGGAGCACAACCUGGUCUGCACCCAGUGGCCCCAGAGCACACGCAUAAUCCUGGGGCCCAACACCCUGGUCAACUCUGUGGGAGAUUUACACAGGAGGAAGAGGAAGAUCCUGGCCAAGGUGUUCAGCCGGGCAGCUCUGGAAUCCUACCUGCCACGGGUGCAGGACGUGAUCAAGACAGAAAUCUCCAAAUGGUGCUCCGAGCCCGGCUCCAUCGACGUCUACAGCGCUGCCAAGUCCCUGACAUUCCGCAUCGCCGUCCGGGUCCUGCUAGGCCUGCAGAUGGAGGAGGAGCGCAUCGUUUACCUGGCCAAGAUCUUUGAGCAGCUCAUGAACAACCUGUUCUCGCUCCCCAUCGACACGCCUUUCAGUGGCCUGCGAAAGGGUGUAAAGGCCAGAGAAAUCCUCCACGCCAACAUGGAGAAAAUUAUCGAGGAGAAGAUGCAGCGGCAGCAGGUAGAUGAUGACUAUCAAGAUGCCUUUGACCUCAUGCUCGCUGGUGCCAAGGAGCAAGGCCAGGAGCUCAACAUCCAGGAGCUCAAGGAAACAGCCGUCGAGCUGAUCUUUGCUGCCCACUCCACCACAGCCAGCGCCUCCACGUCGCUGGUUCUUCAGCUCCUUCGCCACCCAGCGGUGGUGGAGAAGGCCCGAGCCGAGCUGGAGGCUGAGGGUCUCAGGUGUCAGCCUGACCAAAACCCGCCCACUGUCACAGUGGAAAAGGACCAGGAGCCUGCAGAGACGGAGAUGACCUGCCUGCUGAAGGCCAACGGCCAGUCGGGCAGUGGUUCUUCUCGCCCUUGUGUUCCCUACCUGAGCCUGGAAAAGCUGAGCCAGCUCCGCUAUCUUGACUGUGUGGUGAAAGAGGUUCUCCGCUACCUGCCGCCGGUCUCCGGGGGAUACCGCACAGCCCUGAAGACCUUCGAACUAGAUGGCUAUCAGAUCCCUAAGGGUUGGAGUGUGAUGUACAGCAUCCGGGACACCCAUGAGACCGCCCCGGUCUUUCAGAACCCGGAGCAGUUCGACCCUGAGCGGUUCAGCCCUGAGCGGGACGAGAGCCGCUCGUCUCGGUUCAGCUACGUGCCUUUUGGCGGCGGCGUGCGCAGCUGCGUCGGGAAGGAGUUGGCACAGAUCAUUCUCAAGACUCUGGCCGUGGAGUUGAUCGAGACGUGCAAAUGGACCCUGGCUUCGGAGAAGUUUCCCAAAAUGCAGACAGUCCCGAUUGUGCACCCGGUAAAUGGGCUCCACGUACGUUUCUCCUACAGCUACUCGCUUUAGAUACGCUCCAAACGGGACUGUAAGACUUUCCAGAACAAAGCUCACCCAGCUGGUAAAUUCAAGCUCUGAACUCUCCCGUCAUUCAUCCUUUCAUCUCCUCAGACAUGACUGCUAUCCUGCAGCGCUUCUUCAACAACAUCCUUUAUUUGCAUCUUAAUUUAUUUAUAUAUGUUGCCUUUUACCUGCAGAAGAAGUCGGUUUUCCCUUUUGUUGGAUUGAAAGCACAUAAGCUAAAGUUUCUGUUCAGAAACGAACAGUUCUCUCCAUCCUGUCCCCUUUCUAUUGUCUGUAAAUUAGUUUUAAGUUAUUUUCCAUAUCAAAAUAAGCCAUCAAGUCAAUAGUUUUAAUGCUUUUUUACUUUCUGCUUCUCUGUAACUUCUUCAUCAUUGAACCAGCUAAUCUAUUUAAUAUAACCGGCAUCAGGUUGGUUAAUUUUAGUCUAAGCUAAUGUUUGUCUGUCGUGUAAUCUGAGUUUUACUGCGAGGUGCUGGAUGUGCUCCACAGAAAGACUCGGCUCUCAUCAGAACGUCUUAGAGCCUGAAAGUUUCAGAUAAAACUGGAAUAUUUUGAGCAACGUUUUCCUGAUUCUGGAGAAAUGAGGCGGUAAACGUUGCUGCUGCGUUGAUGUGUGGCUCUGGGAGCCGCUGCUGCUGGGGUCAGGGACGUAACGCGUCUACUUUUCAAAUGUCCUGUUUCCUUUUUAAUGAAUGUUUCUUAGAUCUGUUAUUGUGUGUGUAUUAAAUGAAGUAGUGUUCUGAAUAAGCUGUAUUUAAAAUGAGAUACUAACCUUUAAUGUAAAACCAUUUUUUUUUUAUCUUUAGGAACCUUUUUAUUUUGAGUCAGAUUUUCAUUAUUGCUGUUGUUACUGGAGGACUGUUAGCCUGUUAGCAUGCUGUGAAAAGCUACAGAUGGAUUUAUGGAAGGAGAUAGCACUUUCUCCACUUUAAGGAGUCUGUAUAUACCGUAGCAUCUUAGUUCUUCAUUGAGAGGUUUAGAUUUAGCUGCUCGACCAAUUUGAGCUGAUUGAAUCAGAGGAUGUCUAACAAAGUUCUGCAUUAGUCCAUGUGCUUUUAUUUAUGUUAAAGAUGCUUCCCUUCCCGCGCGUACGCUGUACCAUUUUUCCAUUUUUGCACGCAGCUACAGCUCAAACUGUACGACGAGGGUUUAAAAGUUCUCAGCUCACGAUGUUUGUUCUCUCACUGUGCGAUCCGACGCUCUGAUGCGAUCUACCUGCUCACACUGUACGUCUAAA